AUGUUUGCAAUCGGGCCUAUUCUACACUCAUCGAUCAUGGCAACCGUCGCCCGCGCUCGCGUCCACAUGCCCUCCAUGUUUGCUCGUUUGCUCACUGGUUGGACAGGCCUGGCUGCCGGCAUCGCUGGUGCAUCUGAUCGACGGGGAUUCCCCUCCUUUCUCACGACGGAACAACAACACCACACGCUCCGAGGAAGCCCGCUGGCAAUCUGA